GUCGGGAAAACAUUUGCGUUCGUACACCGAAGGGAUGGCCGAGUGUUAGUAAUACUAUGACUCUAUGACGUAUGAGAAAGUCUGGCAUGUCGCUAAAAAUAGUAGUGAGGAGUGGUUUAUUUACAGGCAGCACAGAGCCUAGGCGUCUAAUUUUAUAAAUAGCUUAGUGAUAGGAGUGGAAAUAAGCUUACAUUUUCUCUCUUGACACAAGAAUGCUUCUUGGUUUAUAGUUUAAGAGUCAUUUGGGUGUGUUAAAGUGUGUAGGACUGUUGUUUCCUUUGAAAAAAAAAAUUUCCAUUAGUCUUUGAAGUUUAGACUAAGAUUCUACUUGUUACUUGUAGCUGUGUUUAUUUAAGGAAAGUCACCAUUGACACCAGUGUUAGUGUUUAAACUUGCUUUUUAUUCAAAGCUACAUCAUUGUCUCAAGCUAUGGUAACAAGCUCUAGAAUGUUUUCUGCUGAUAUACUGUGGCCUGUUUUAUCCUCAUCGUUGUCCUAGUUUUGUCAAGUGGAUUAUUUCAAAAAGUAGUUUCCGAACGUGGACCUGGAUUAAUUGUGUUGUUAUAAAUUCUUACUUGGAUAUAAGUGAUACAUACUAAACAUGGAGGAUACCAAAUCCAAUCCAGAAAAGGAUGUUGGGAUACUUGGUGGACUCUUUCAAACAGUUGUUAAUGAUUUACGAGGCAGCUCUCCAAUUUGGGAAGAUUUUACCUAUAAAUCUAUCAAACUUCAUUCAUCUUUAAAAACAACUGUGGUGACUAUCGGUGCCUUCCUAGAAGCAUUUCAGAAAGUAGCAGAUAUGGCUACCAAUUCGAAAGGUGCAACAAGAGAAAUAGGCUCAGCUCUGACACGUCUGUGUAUGCGACAUAGAAGCUUAGAAUCACAUUUGAAGCUUUUGACAAAUUCAAUCCUUGAUAACCUUGUUGCACCUUUACAAGAAAAGCUUGAGGACUGGAAGAAAGCUGUAGCGCAGCUAGAUAAAGAUCACUCUAAAGAAUACAAAAAAGCUAAACAAGAGAUCAAGAAGAGUGCAUCAGAUACAAUGAGACUGCAAAAGAAAGUCAAGAAAAGUGCAAGUCAUGGUAAGUCUGACAUGCAACACAAACUAGAGAGUGCCAUGAUGGAAGUGAAUACCAAGUACCAUCAGUUGGAGGAGACAGAGAAGAACUCUGUCAGAGCUGCGCUUAUUGAGGAAAGAUCUCGAUUUUGUUUGUUCAUCACAUGCCUGAAACCAUUUGUUGAUCACGAGCUCAAACUCCUGACAGAGAUCAGCCACAUCUCUGAAAUCAUGGAGAGUUUGUGCAUGCAGGCUAGUGAGCCGUCAGUUCUUCCUCCUUCUAGCGAGCAAGUUAUCCUAGAUCUAAAGGGCGUCGACACGGCCUCUUGGAAUUUAAAUCAGCAGCCGUCCCCACCUAGCUCCCCCUCCUCUCUGGGCUCUCGAAAAUCCAGUAUGUGUAGCAUCAACAGCAUCAACUCCAGUUCCAGUGGCUCGUCCAAGUCUCAUUCACCCAGCCACACCCUGCACAAGCGCACUGCUUCACAGCCCCCUCCUGGAGCAAUCCGCUUGACCAGUGUCAGUUCCCAGGACUCAGGCUUCACCUCCCAGGAUACACUGUUCCUGCGUCCUGUUACUCCGCAGUCACUCAGCCUGUACCAGGCUUCAUCAGGACAUGAUCAUGAGCUUGAAGGAGAUUGUGACUCCACACCAACGACUCCUUCUGACAAUACCCCUAGUGCCAGCUCAACAUGGAACAACUGGCCCAAUCUGCCAGGUGGUCCGAAGAUUGAAUCUUCCAGACCACAUACCAUUAGCACAGCUUAUGAAAAGGGGCACAGUAGACCAGCACUGAAACCAGAAAUGUUUGACCCGCCUCAAGAAGAUAUUGAAAUGAGACCCAAGAUGAACAGGUCCACAAGCCAGAAUGCUCAGAAAAGACCAUCUGCGACAAUCAGCAAGCUGCAGCCAGUUCUUCCCCCUCAUUGUCCCAAACCAAAGGGUAUCUUUGUGGCACCACCUGUGUUGCCUCCAGGUGUUCAACACAUUUAUGCCAAUAUGUCUGAGUUGUCAGAACCCCAGGCUGAGUUGUCUCCUGAUGAUGCAGAACCCACCACCCCUACAAGUGUGACAGCCCCGGGGAACAAUUUUGAGUCGUCUGCCGGGCAGCGGUUGUUAGACCUGGAGCAGGCCAUGGAGCAGAUGGAUAAGUGCACUGCCGGGCUCAAAAUUGACAUUGAGCAUGCGCCUGGCCAUCGUGAGGAAACCACUGUCCGGUCACCGGUUGAAAAUAAAGAUGGUGAAGUGGAUAUAUUUGCUGGUGUAGUGCUUGAAAUCAACAGACAACCAAAGAUUCAACAGAACACGAGCUUGGAACUGGCCAAAGCCAUUCGUGAGCUUCAGGCUAGCACCGCAGCACUGACUGCCUAUGAUGCUGAAAACUACAUGCCAGGCAGUGCCACGCAGGGAUCUGCCAAUUUCGACACAGAAAGCCGCAUCAGUAAAGUGUCAUUGCCUUGCUCUUCGGGCUAUGGUACAAUGGACAGCACUCCUGCUAGCUCAGAAGACAAAAUAGCAUCAGGAGGACAUGAAGUCAUUAGUCCUGAAAGUGAUGCCACUAUUUAUGAAGAAUUAGAUGACUGUACUCUAACAGAAGACAAAUUUGAGUCAGAAACAAAGUACAUGACCUUGCCCCGGGUCGGAGACACAGUGCUCCGUACUGGCAUUCAACCACAACGCCCGGCAUCCACCACAGGUCUUAUGUUAUCUGAUCCGAAUCAGACAAGGCCUAAUCUGGGAUCUCAGAAACCACCGCCUCCUGUCAGAAGAACAGCAUCCAUCUCUAGCGCUGCACCAAUGCAUGUACAGAAAAUGAGAGCAUCCCCAAUGAGACAACUCUCAGCAGAGGAUCAUUCCUUUGUGGGAGAAAGUGAAGGACCCUAUGCGGAGCUUCAGUACAUCCAGCAGAGUAUACACCAGCACCCUAUAGCUGACCCCAGUGUGGGUCAUGCACAAGGAGUCAUUGAAAAUCCAUACACACAUAUACCAGGUCACGCAUCUGCCAUUGUCGUACAAAGUUUGAAUGCAAAGUUCACUGUCCAGCCCCAUACUCCACAGAGCUAUGAUUUCCAAGCCAGCAUGGUGGAUGGAUCGGCUCAUAUGGCUAAGCCCCCUCCACCGGUGGUGAUGCAGAAACCAGGCAAGCCUGCUAGCAACAUACCUCCUCCCCCUUCUGCGACUGCUGCUUGGCAACAAGCUUCUUAUCCUCAGGUUGCCCAUGAUGUUCUCUAUAGUACUGCAAGACCACCAAGUAAAAGUUUACCUAAUUCAGGGCAACAUGUCAGCCAAGCCCAGAGUGGGCAUUACAACAGCCAAGCCCAGGCUGGACAUUACAACAGCCAAGUCCAUCCACAUCCUGGCCAGGGAGUAGCUCAUGGUGGCCACCAAGUCUUGCCACAUCACCCUCCCUAUGGUCACCAACAGCACAACUCUAGCACCCACAGUGGCUACCAGGCCAACCCCACUUCAGGGGCAGCUUAUUCUCAUCACCAGCAGAUGCACCCUUAUGCCAGACAAUCUCACCACCCCCAGAUGAUGGAACAACAGCACCACAAUCAGACACAGCAGCAGCAUCCUCCUCCUGAAGAUGACUUCCCGCUGCCUCCCACCAUUGAAGAGCUUCAGGAGAUGGAAAGGAUUUACAGUCGCACAUCACACCCAGCAGCAGAUCCUCUCAAGCGAGUCCAGGCUCCAAGACAGAAUGACAAUGUGCAGGCAUCUUUUCUCAUGGAACUGAAACGGAAGGUCUCAUUAGACGAUGAAUCUGCUGCAUAGUGUGUAGCCUAAACACUGUAUAGUGUAGCCCAAACACUUUAUAGUUUUUACUAGAAAGACACAGACAAAUUCACAGCUUUGAAAAUGUUUCCAAAAGAAACUAAAACUCUUGGGAAAGAUAAGUUCUUCUUUGUUCAAAUAACUCAUGUUGGACUACAACUGUCCAAAAUCUCUUUUAGAAGCUAUUAUUGUACAAUAUCUGACUCCAUCCGCCUACAAUAGUUAGUGGAUUGCUCUAGUCUUUAUUUUCUUAAUACAUUUUUUGGAUGCACCUUGGUCCCUCCUUUUGCACGCUUGGGGUAGUCAUUAUAGAUGCAUUUCUUAAUGUCAAUCUGGAGCUGGACAAUUUUUUCCUAUCUCCCAGGAUUGUUGUCAAUUCCUAAAGCAAUACUAGCGUAGCAUUUAUCUUUGUUGGAAUAUCUACACUACCUUCUUGGUUUCUAGCGUGGGGAACAAAAUGUAAUGUUUGUAUAAAUAGAUGUCACUCACUGGAUUAUUUAUUGUGUUUGUAAGUUUUGUUUGGUAUGCGUAGUCAGUAGAGCAACUGUAUAAUACAUUAUAUACAAAAUACAAAAAGUUACUUUUAUGUUUAGAGCUAUUACAAGUUGGAAAUAAAAGCUGGAUAUUCACCUGGUGAAAAAACCUUUAGCUACCUCUCAAUGGAAUGGAUACGUCCACAUCUGCUGAAUGUAGGUCUAGAGACUAAUGGGUCAAAGUCUCGGUACUUUGAAUGAAAUUUUGUAUCAAUUUUUUCCAUUCGAUAGAACACAAAGUUAUUUCACAAGUUGAAUGACUAAGAUAAUUGCGUAACUUUUUCAAAGCUGUUCCAGUGCUUGAUAUUGUAAUGUGAGUAAAAUCAGUUUCUAGAAAUCCAACUUUUUAUUUAUGAAAAAAACAAACAACUUAAAAGCAACAAAUUUUAAACUAGAAUAUAUAUCAUUAAAAUAAUUGUUUGUAUCUGCUUUUAAAACAUGUAUUCAAUGUUUUUUUGUUUUUUGUACAGUCUAUUGAACUAUAUUUUGUUAGUGCCCAGGAACCUUGCCAUCCGAUUUCUGGUCUCAAGAGUACUUAAAUCUAAACUCCUAUCAUAAAAUGAAAAAAAAAAAAAGAAUGUUUUUUUGUCAUAUUGUCAUUGACCUCAAAAAAAUGAUUGUAAAAGUACUAAGAUGAACACUGUCAUGUUCAAACUCAUUUGAUUUACUUUUGUGUAUGAUUUUGUUUUCUUGUACUCAUGGAACAUAGCAAGGCACCACUACUUGUACACGGUAACAUAGCUGGUGAAGUUAUUAACAAAACACAUUGUCAUUGUUAUACCAAUUGUUCAUUCCUGAUGUCAUCCGAAAACACUGACCAGAUGGUAGCCAUCUACAGAGUUUGUGUCUCCUACCACUUAUUGCCUGACCAUUAUAGGUCAUUCUUUGACCCUGUAACCUUCAUCCAUCUGUUGUUUUUUUUUUAAAUACAAUCUAGGCUAGUUCAACAACAUGAAACUUCAAUAGCAAACUUGAUAAAAACAUUGCAUUUUAUGUUGAGGUUUUGUAAAACUGUUGUGUUUUUAUUUUUUAUUUUUAUUUUCCAGUUGGAGGGGGUGGGGUAGGGCCAUCGCUGAGUUUGUGUGAAAACACUAACUCUCUUUGUAAACCUGUCACUUGUGUAGGUUAAUUUGAUGUCAUUAUAAAAAUGAUCUAUUUAAUGUUUUGUUUGAUAGAGAGAUUCAAACAAGCUGAUCAUGAAGUGAAGGUGGCUCAUUUCUUUAAAAAAACAAAAUCCUUGAACUCGUCCAUUGUAGAUUGUAUUUUAGUAGUGUGUAGAUUUAGAUUGGUGUCCAUAAUGUCCUGCUAAUUUCUUUGAUUGAACUGUGUGCAAUCUCUGGCUGUUGAACCUCAUUGACCUUUUUUUUUUGUUUCAUUUGAUGUGUAGAAAGUGUUAUGGUGUAGUUAUGGUUUUUAGUUUUUCAGUUUUUGAUUAUUCACUGCACUGAGUUGAUUCAGAAUGACGCUUGUCAUGAAAUGGCUGAGAUUGUGAUAGUCUGCACUUGUCAUGCUCGGCAUUCUUAGACAAAUAUUCAACAUAUGCAAACUAGUCUGUUUUUUUUUUUAAAUAUAUUUUUUUUGUUAACUUAAAAUUUAUUUAUUAUUUUUUGAUUCAGUAUGCAUCAAUGUAGAUUAGGAAUUCAUUUAGCUUGCUAAUAUCAGUGUAACUUCCAGUCACAUCGACUGAGACAAAGAGAAUAUGUCUACAUAGUGUCUGCUUCGGUUUGGUUGAGGUCACUUGUUUGUUUGUUAAGAGAAUUCAACGAAAGCUUGUAUUUAGUGUCCCACACACACAGAAGAUAAUUAUCUGAAAUAAUACAGACGUUACUUCAAAAAUGAAAAUAAUCAUGUCCUACACAUUGCACUCUGGGGUUUCUGCUUUAGUGAUAGGGCAUCAUUGUACAUGUGAUAGAUAAUACGUUCAUAUAGUGUACAUUGAUUCUUCUCUAAUGGCAAUGUUGUCUGUGACCUUGUAAGGUUCCAGUUUAUUUGUUGUUUUUUUUUUAAUUACAUUGGCUGACACAGUAAUAGUUGCUAGUCGCAAUAAGAAGUUCCAAUAUAGUCCAAGUUUUUAGAUUAUGAUUAUAUAUUGGUGUUGAUAACACCAUCUCUCAACCUGAUUUACUCUACUGCCAUGUACAGCUUCUUCAUUUAUCAUAGCCUAGAAAAUAGCAAACAUAGUCUCUACAAUAACCAUCAUAUUGCGAGUUUCAACUGAUCAAACAAGACAUGUUAACAACUGGCAUAAAAAAAUGAUUUCAUGGACACAACGUUCAGCUGCAGUGAUUAUAGGUUUUUUGUGUCAUUACGAAAAACAUGAGCAUUGAAUUCUUACUAGGCACCACACUUCAAAGUUUGAACAGAACAAUGCAGUAGAUGCCAAUACAAUGUUGACAUGACUAGCCAAACCUUGAAACAUAGUUCUCAGGGGAGUUUCCUCUACACUCAGAUACUGGCCAACACUUGACAUUUUUCAAAUCCAUGUUAACACACAUUGUGUUGUCUCCAGAAGUAGUCUCUACAAUUAAUGUGUCUUCUACAAGAACUGAGCCAAGAUUUAAAAUCAAGUAUCUAGAGAGUACAGUGUCAACUAUUUUCUGUAGUGACAUUUGGUUGUCUAGAAAGUAGAUUAUGUCAAGUUCAGAUAUAUAUUUGUUUCAAUAAAAAACACUACACCAGAUACACACAUGCCCAUGGAUUGUUCUUGUAUGAAGGCUGUAAACCUGCACUGACCUGCAUUGUAUAUAGUGUGAUCAUGUACUAAUGCUUCUUGUAUGUGUGAUAUAUUCAAGCUUUUGUUUCGUUUUCUGGAGUGGCCUCUUGAUUUUUCGUUGUACUUUAGUUUGGCUAAUGGUUUAGUGUAUUUAAUGGAUCAUUCAUCCCCUGUUACUGUCCCAGUGUCACUUGCUACUGUUGUCCAAUGUUAGCCACACAACCUCUCCCAUUGUCAACUUUCCAUUUUCCUACAUUAUUGGUGGUUAUUAUAAAAUGUUUGCCAAAACUAUUUGAUUUCAUGAUUUUGCAUAUUGUGUACUUGUUAUCAGCUAGUAAUGUUAAACUUGGUAUCUCUUAGAGCGUUGAACACUUCUGUAUUGCUGUAACACUCCCAUAUUGUAUCAGUGGAGCUAGAAUGUACAUGUCUUAACAUGGGUAAUACAGCCUUAUUAACUUCUUUCCAACAGACCUACUGACCACCUCCAUCCCAUAGUGGACAUUGACCCAACACUUCCUAUCCAUUUCAAAAGUUGUACUGCUAUGGUGAAUGCUAAUGGGGGAUAACUUUCAUCUAUUUACAAACUUUGAUAAUGAAAUUCUGAAAGUUAAAGGGGGAAAACUUUCUUUUAUUUAACAGCAUGAAUGAUGAGCACUGAUGGGGGAUAUCUUCAACCUAUUUUAUAACAUGAAUAAUUUACAUUAAUAAAUGAUAGCUAUUAUGUAAAUACAAUUGCAUAACAUGGCGAGUUUACUGAUAAAUAAAAAUGAGAUUUUUUGGGUGGUUUACUGUAGGAAAUAGAAUUCAUUUAUUUGCCAUGUGAAUCUGCGGAUAAACUUUUCAUCCAAAUUCUAUAUUUCACUCUUACAAGAUAAGAUCAUCUUAUGUCCUGUAUCACUGAAGACCUGUGAAUAUUUCAUAUGUGGCCAUGUAGGUCCAAGAAGUGCUUUCCGUAUCAGUCCUCAUUGGGGAGCUUAUCUUUAGAACAAUGUAAAAGAUUCAUUGUGAGACUAUUGAUCAAGACUUGAUGGACUCGUUUCGGAUGGUUGGACAUAUCGUGUGUUGUUGUCUGUGUGUGUACAAAUGUGUAACUUGGUCAAGUUAUUAACCCUAUCCCCCUUGUGUCUACAUUUGCACAGGAGAAAAAAAAAAGCGCACUUAUUUUAAAUGACAAUCCUCAAUCAUGUACUGCCCAGUUACUUUCUGUUCAUUAUUUUUUCUUGUCUUGAAAAAUGUUGAUUUGUAACUAGGAGGCUGUGUAUCUUAGAGAACAUUUUUAUGCUGUGCAUUGCAAGGACUCAAGACUAACACAUGUUUUAGUUUCGAAUGUCAACACAUCAGACAAUCAAGUUUUGAUCUGUAAAUAUGUCUUUUUAUCUUAACUUUUUUUAAACUAUCAAAAACAUUGUUUUAAAAAAAAAAAGUUGAUUUUUUUAUUAAACUAUGAAUCCUCUUGUCAAUGAGUUGUUCUCUAAGAAUUUUUUUUUUUUUAGUGUAUGCAAGAUCACAUUUUUAUUGACUAGGAUUGUGUAUAAGAUCAAAAUGGCCUAAAAAUCUAUCAUGAAAAACGGCUGUUAUUCAAUUUUGUAGGUAAUUGUUUUUUUUUAUACAAAGUCUGGUGAGAGCAAAGUCAAUGGUUUUGGUCUGUUAAGUUAAUGCUGAAAAACUCAGCUCUUGGUUUGACUUUGGUGACUAGUUUCUUUUAACCUUUAGGAAUGUCAUGAAUGAGUUUGCCUGGUGGUUUGAUUUCACAUUUGAUUGUACCUUGACCCACAACGUUUGCCUGGUGGUUUGAUUUCACAUGUUGAUUGUAUCUUAAUCCACAACGUGUCUCUCUCUGAGUUGAUGGAAGCCUGAUGUGCAAUGUGUACAAAGUUUUUUGAGUUUCUUUUUGUGCCUGACCACAGACUGCUAUGUACACACCAAGAGUUGGUGUCCCCUGUACAUACCUUGCAUUGAAUGGAGUGUACAUGUCAUGAUCUCUAUUUAUUGCUUUGAAAUAGGUCAUCUAUUGGAAUAGUUAACUAAACAACAACAAAAAAAUAAUAAAUUUUUGUGCAUGGCAA